CAUCGCUCGCCAUGGCGGCCCGCGCCGUGGGGCGGCUGCGCAGGCUGAAGCCAUUCAACAGGCUGCAAGUAAUAUUGCAACAUUUGAAAAUGUCUAAGCAUACAGAUUUGACAGGUGAAGUGUUGUUGGAAAAGAAAGGAGGUGCGGGAAUAAUAACUUUGAAUAGACCCAAGGCUCUCAAUGCACUGAAUCAUUCUAUGAUCCAACAAAUUUAUCCACAGAUAAAGACUUGGGAGCAAGAUCCUGAAACUUUUCUAAUAAUUAUAAAAGGAACUGGAGGAAAAGCUUUUUGUGCUGGGGGUGACAUCAGAGCCAUCACAGAUGCAGGAAAAGCUGGAGACAGACUGGCACAAGAUUUCUUCAGAGGAGAAUAUACCCUGAACAAUGCCAUUGGCACUUGCAGGAAGCCCUAUGUGGCACUUAUUGAUGGCAUUACAAUGGGAGGGGGAGUUGGCCUCUCAGUCCAUGGACACUUCCGAGUUGCUACAGAAAAGACACUUUUUGCAAUGCCAGAAACAGCAAUAGGCCUUUUUCCUGAUGUAGGUGGAGGAUAUUUCUUGCCAAGACUAUCAGGAAAGAUGGGCUAUUAUCUUGCACUCACAGGGUUUAGGCUGAAAGGAAGAGAUGUACUGAAAGCUGGCAUUGCUACACAUUUUGUAGAGUCUGAAAAGCUACCUGCCUUAGAGAAAGACCUGAUAGCACUGAAAUCACCUUCAAAAGAAAACAUUGCAGACUUACUGAACUCUUACCAUGUGAAGAGCAAAGUUGAUCAGGAAAAGAACUUUGUACUUGAUGAACAUAUGGAGAAGAUUAACAGUCUUUUUUCAGCAGAUAGUAUGGAAGAAAUUGUUAAAAAAUUAAAGCAAGAUGGUUCUCCUUUUGCCACUAAGCAACUAGAGACUAUUAGUAAGAUGUCACCUACCUCCUUAAAGAUAACUCUCAGACAGCUCAGAGAAGGAGCUUCCAUGAGCUUACAAGACGUACUCACCAUGGAAUACAGACUGAGCCAAGCGUGCAUGAAAGGCCAUGACUUCUAUGAAGGGGUUCGAGCAGUGCUUGUUGACAAAGACCACUCCCCCAGAUGGAAGCCAGCUGCUCUAGAAGAAGUCAGUGAUGAAUUUGUGGACAAUUGUUUUAAGCCACUGGGAAACAACGAUCUCAAGUUGUAAAGCUCAAGCCUGGGGACCUGCUUAUACACCUGCUUAAUUCUGUGAUAUAAAACAUCAUAGUAGUACGAUAAGAGUUUGACAAGACUUUGCUAGCCUGAGAUUUGCAAGUCUUAAUUUUUUGCAUUCAGAAACACUCUCUUUUGUUACACUGCCACAAUAACAAAAUAAUCAUAUCUCUGGUUAAUACAGGGAAAAAAUGACUUCAGGGCAAGUUGUUAUUUUUACUGCUUUGCACAAGGAUUAAUAUUUUAUUUUUUGCGUCAGCUCUUAGUGUAGGAGGAGCCAAAGGAAAAUGCAAGACAUGCUGGUGUUGAGUAGUCUUAACUAAAAGGUCAGCCUGACACAUCGUUAAUCUGAGAGCAAGAAAUUGUUCUAUUGAUUUAACAUUUGGUCAGUGUUCAGUCUCACUGAUGUAGACAUUGUUGCAAAUGUCAUAACACUCCCAGAGCACCAGUGAGCCCAGAGCACACUUCUGUUUGUUCGUAAAACCAUGGUCUUUUUUUUUUUUUUUUAAAUGCCAUUAAGUUGAAUUGAAUUACAUAAUUAGUUUUUCAUGAUUUAAAAAAUGGCUAGUUGUUCUUCGUUGAACAGUACUUAAGAAAAAAACUGUCUCUGACCUUCCUCUGGGCUCUAAACAGCACAUUUCCUGUUGAGGUGAGGGAUUCUGGUUGUUGUUGUGGCAGAGGUGUCAGCAGGACUGCAGUGGCUGGAGUCUGUACCAGCUGGUCUGGGUUCCUGUUGGCUUCUGCCCAUGAACAUCCUCUCUGCUGGGUGGAGGAUUUGUGGGAAGUAGGGGGAGCACAGCAGUAUGCCCAGUCAUAGGUAACAAAUAGAGGAGAACAUGAUGUGGCUGCUGCUCUGUGGAUUGUCUGGUUCCUUAACAUAUCCUGACAGAUGUAUUUGUUGGGAUCAAAAGUUAAAUGUACAUCAUAUCCCUGUCACUGUAUGUGCAGUAAAGGUUGCUGGCUUCUGAUACUAAUAAUGCUUGAAGGUAUAUGGCAUAACCAGAGACCCUGGAUGAAAACAUAAUCUUUUUGGGGGGGUAAAAUAAAUUUUUCUAUUGGGGCUACAA